UGAAAAACCUCUGUCUGAAAUCCUGGAGAGCUGUUCCAGAGAUGACAGUACCACUCCAGAUGGAUCAGUCCCCUCACUAGAGCUUAGACGGAGCCUACAACAAGCAAUGUACUGCUGCUGGUUCAUUGGAUCUGACUCCUAAUCCUAACCAUGGGAGACCUGUAUACAGUUGUGCUGGGGCUCUUGAUCCUUUUGCCUCUCCUGGGGAAUAUUUUCUUUCCUUACUUUUGGCUGGAUUUGUCUUUCCUCUUCACCUUGAUACGCAUUGGAUAUAGGUGGCAAAAACGUAUCCAAAAGAACCCACCCAUUACCAUGUUGGACAUCUUCUUAGAGAAAGUCCAGAAACAUCCAGAAAAGCCCCUGAUUCUCUUUGAAGAAGAAGUCUAUUCCUACAGAGACAUUGACAGGUGGAGCAGCCAGGUGGCCAGAGUGCUGCAAAGCCAUGUGGGGAUGAAAGAAGGGGAAACGGUGGCUGUUUUCUUGAAGAAUGCCCCUGUCUAUGUUUGGGUCUGGAUAGGUGUGGAAAAGAUUGGUUGCACUAUGGCAUGUAUCAACUAUAACAUCCGAUCCAAGUCCUUGUUACACGCGCUCAGCUCUUGUGAGGCCAAGGUGCUACUGACAACUCCAGACUUUCAAGCUGCCAUUGAGGAUGUCCUACCUACUCUAAACACUGAAGGGGUACGGGUUUUCUACCUGAGUGAUGACUCCCCAACUGCAGGUGUGGAAGCUUUGCUGGGACGGAUCAAAUCCAGCUCAGCUGAACCGGUGCCUACUUCUUUCCGAGCCCACGUAACCUCCAAAUCCACAUCUCUGUAUAUUUUCACAUCUGGAACCACAGGGCUACCAAAAGCAGCUAUCAUCACCCACAGGAAAGCAUUACAGGCAAUCAACUUAUUCUGGCUGUGUGGGGUCCAUGCCAAUGAUAUCAUUUACAUCCCUCUCCCAUUGUACCAUGGAGCCGGAUUAACUGGGAUUGCAUCAUGCAUCGACACUGGAGCUACAUGUGUCCUGACACCUAAAUUUUCUGUUACUAAGUACUGGGAUGACUGCAGACAAUACCAUGUCACUGUAGUCCAGUAUAUAGGAGAAAUUAUGCGCUACGUGUGCAAUGCACCAAAGAAAGACAAUGACUGUGAACACAGUGUUCGAAUAGCAGUAGGUAAUGGCAUGCGAGUGGAGGUCUGGAAGGAAUUCCUGAACCGAUUUGGAGCCAUACGUUUCUAUGAGAUGUAUGGAGCUACUGAGGGGAAUGCUGGGUUCAUUAACUACACAGGGAAAGUUGGAGCUGUGGGGAGGACCAACUUCUUCCACAAGAAACUGAUGAAGUUUGAACUGAUUCAGUAUGACAUUGAGAAAGAUGAGCCUGUAAGGGACAAGAAAGGAUGCUGUAUCCCAGUGGCUAUAGGCGAUACUGGAUUACUGGUGAUCAAGAUCACUGAGAAUGCCCCAUUUGAAGGCUAUGCAGGAGACCUGCAAAAGACAGAGAAGAAAAUUCUUCGUGAUGUCCUGAAGAAAGGGGACUGCUACUUCAACAGUGGUGACCUUCUGAUGCAAGACCAUGAAGGCUUUAUAUAUUUCCAGGAUCGGGUAGGAGAUACUUUCCGCUGGAAAGGGGAAAACGUGGCAACUACAGAGGUUGAAACAACCCUGGCAGGAGUUGGCUUUAUUCAAGAAAUUAAUGUAUAUGGGGUUCCAGUUUCAGGGCAUGAAGGAAAGAUUGGAAUGGGUGCCAUGCGGCUGAAGGAAGGAUUUCCCUUUGAUGGAAAAAAGCUAUAUGUCCAUGCCAAAGACUAUUUGCCAAAUUAUGCCAUACCUCGCUUCAUUCGCAUCCGGGAGGCUCUGGAGAUCACAGGAACUUUCAAACAGCACAAAGGACAGUUGGUGAAGGAAGGUUUUGACCCAGCCAUCAUCAGUGACCCUCUGUACUUCCUAGAUGACUCAGAGAAAUGUUACGUACCCAUGACGCAGGAGAUCUUCAACUCCAUCGUGGAGAAGAAACUGAAGCUGUGAAAAGGACUCCCAGGCACAUCAUGCAACGGUUUCCUUGGUGUUCUGAAUGGCCCAGGGAAGCGAGAAAGAGCUAUAGUCCUAAACCUUUUUUUAAUCUGCCAGGAUGGGACAUUUCUUUAUGUGCCUGUCCCGGACAUCACUUUGGUACUGAGGAAUAGUUUUGGUCACAUCAGGGAUAUAUUAGCUGACUUCUUCUGUGUCUGUGUGAGGUGUUUGAUUUGGUAUAAAAUGUAUGUGAGGCAGUAAAAAGGAAAAUGUUCAGAA